CCUAAAUUAGAGAUGAAUCUUUUUGUAAACGAACUAUAUUCAACUUUUAAUAAACUAUUUAAUGAAGGUAGAUCUGUUCGUGAUAUAAUUAUAAAUUUCAUAUCUAAACAUAGCAAGAAUCAAAAAGAAGUUUUUAAUUGGUUGGUUGAACAUAAAGGUGAUUCAAAGAAUGCUUGCAUGCUUGGAUUAUUUUAUAGUUGGGAUAUUGGUAUAGAAAAAAGUAACGCAGAAGCAUUUGAUUUAUUUUUUGCCGCUACAAAUAAUGGUGAUGUAAUUGCACAAUAUUUCCUUGGAAGAUGUUAUGAAAUUGGUUGGAACACCAAGAAGAAUAUGAAGAAAGCAAUUGAACAGUACUAUGAAGCAGCUAAAAAAGGAUGUGCAGCAGCAGAAUAUAAACUUGGCGAUUAUUUUUAUAAAAUUAAUAAAUAUACUCAAGCAUAUCCAUUACUUAAAAGUGCAGCUGACAAAAGAAACGCAAUGGCAUUGAAUACCUUAGGAUUAUGUUACCAAAAAGGUCGUGGAACUAAUGCUAAUAAGGCUGAAGGAUUUAAAAUAUUUGAACAAGCGGCUAAAAUGGGUCUACCUGCUUCACAAUAUGAACUUGGUAAUUGUUACGAAUACGGUGAAGGUGUAGAAAAAAAUUGGAAUAAAGCAUUAUAUUGGUACCAAAAAGCUGUUGAAAAAGAUGUUAAUUAUCGAAAUCAUUUGAAACGUGUCGAAUCCAAAAUAAAAUUUGAUUGA